AUGUACAAUGAGCUCACUUAUACGCCUCUCAUGGAUCACUCCAGUCCGUUGGAAAUUCUAGAUCUUCAAUUCGGUGCAUACGUAAAUGACUUAUUCGGAUUAAAACGGCACCCAACCGAAGAUCUCGUUCAAGUUCCCAAGAUCACUAUCCCUGCAGACGCCAACCUUUCUCCGCGACAGAUCACGAUAAAGAAGUACUGGGAACGAUUCAAAAGACCUAUAGGCGUUCCUUUAAACCAUUACACCUAUGUAAAAGUGCUUGGCAGAGUCGGCUUUGUAUCGAAAGGCAUCGUUUAUGCUGUCAUGGGUGGCAUGUGUAUUUCAACAGCAGCCCAUCUUGACCCCGAGGUUGAUGGUCUUCAGUCUCCAAUGGGCGUCUUUAUAUAUCUUGGUCUUUUCUCUAUAGGCACACCACUGCUUAUUAUUAUGCUUAUUGGCAUCUCGUUUUACUCUACUUGGCGAUUUUGGGAAGGUUCUUAUGGUCAAGGAGGUGACAAAACACAGUCUGCAUUCAAAAACUUUUUCCGCUGCCGAUUGUCGCCCAUUGUAUCAGGCUGCGUUUACAUAGUCUACCUGACAUAUAUUGGAAAAUUACUGGCAAAAACAAGAGAGGAAAGAAUCGCAUUAGGAGAUGUAACCUCAGACGAUUGCUUCCCAGCUUGUUGGGGACACUCUGAACAUUGGUACAAGAAAGCAGCAGUAGUCAUCUUUGGCAUGGCAUUUCUAAUUGCAUGCAUCACUCAACUGCAGAAUGUCUUUACCAAGCGAUGGCACAAUGAUCUAAUGGUACAUCAUUGUACUCGUAUUGAAAAAUGGGUGAUGAUCACUCUGGGUCAUCUCGGAUUUUUAGCCCGCGCUGGUGUUUUUAUGUUUGUCGGUGUAUAUAUGUUCAAAGUCUCACGCCAUGAUAUCGAAGUUAAACACGAUUCGUUUGCAGACGCAAUCAACCAAGCCAACAAUGUGAAAGGCGGAGCAGUUCUUUUGUGGCUACUAGGAAUAGGCUUGAUUUUUUUCGGCGUCUUUGCCGCGGGUAAUGCCUACUACAAGUAUUACCCCACACCGCCACCACAUCGACAGGCAUUUUACCUAGAGGACAGUGAACUUCAUUUCGAGCCAAAACCCAAGACAGCUGAGGAAGAACUCACGGCAGUCAUUGUUGAAAUUCCAGAAGCCACUUCGGCUAAGCAAAAUACCCCACCAAUGAGUGAGAUUGUGACCCCAAACAAUAACUAUCCAAGCGGUUCAUCUGAUAAGAAUCCUAUAUCCAUAGCAACCACAGAAACCAUGAGCAUUUCUGCUAGCCAAACAACCGAAGAUUCGGAUGUGACCUCCAUUCCGUCGCCUGUAGAAGAAUCUGUCGUUAGUCCAGGUGCUCCUCUCAUGAUACCUGAACGUCCACCUUCCCCAUGGGAGAGUACCGGAAGAUAUCGAAUGAGAAAAUAG